AAUAACAACUGCGCUACAUUUGGGCUGGUACUUGCAUGUCCCGUCAGAGUCGUUGAAGCUGUGAAAGUGAGGACGCAGCACGUCUGCUCUUCUACUCUUGAGAACAGCCUGCCCAGCUCCAAAUUGAUCGCAGGUACACUCCCUACACUCUGUACACUCUAAUACACUCUGGAUGGGGAAGGCAACAGAAAUUUGAAGUCAGCUUCAAAGUCGCGCCGAUCUGAUAGUAAGUUUCCCUCAACUUUCCGCCGACUGAUACUGGACCACUGCCCCGACCCCACAACCACGCGACCACGGUACAAGAGAUCGGAACCAAAUGCCAUAACCACAACCACAACCACACCAAACCACUGUCCAACUGUUGAUCUGCGCAGUUCAAAUUGGACCGAUCUCGACCGAUCUCUCUUCAAGUGCGCGCACUUUCUGGAGGCUCCGCUAACUUCCCACUCAAUAGGUUCUGGUCAUCAUAUUGAUGAGUUCAUAGGGCUCCUGAGAAGCUAGCUCUUCUCUUCAGCGCGACAAUGACGGCGGUAGCUGUACAGCACGCUGGUUCGCACCAACCACCGAUUUCUCAAACAAGUCCUCUGUCCUCCAACAUGCCUCUCCCCAAUAAUACACAAAGCUAUACGAGCCCUUCGCAUAUGCGGCAGGAGCCACCCCUUCAAAAUGGCACUUCAGGUCCUGUCAAUCCAAGACCAGCUGUCAGUAAUGACCCUGUCCAGCAUGUACCCAUAGUCAACGGAAAUCAUACUUCCCAAAUGGGAGUUGAUUCACAAGCAGAACCGACCUCAAAUCCCAAUAUACCACUGAAAGGCAACGAUGCGGUGAAGGGUCGCCGGGCUUCCUUACAAUCGCGACCAACCUCAGCACCUGGAUCUAACGCAGAGAAUGAGCAAGAGGGAUCCGAUAGAGAUAAGAAGAAUCAGAAACCAAAGGCCUUGGUGCGAUCAAAGAGUGAUUUUGGUCCGAGAGGAGAGGAAGCAAAUGCAGCAGCACAAGAGGAGGAGGAGUGGCAAGGUUGGGGCGCGCGACAUGGAUUUGAAGACCAUUAUGCUUCGGAAGAGUAUGUUUCGCAGCUUGCAAAUGUAGGUAUUUUCCUUUUUUAUAAAGUUCUAGACUUGAAGCAUGCAGCUCCAGGGACUGCCAAUCGGGUAGUACCCGCCCAUGCAUCUCUAGAUCUGGGAGACAAUAGCAACCACUGCUAUUGUGUCUUCGGAAAUGAGCGAAAGAAUGGAGGAUUCACCACAGGUUGACAGCCUCAAAUCCUUCUCUGCUAGCACCCAUGUUGACCGCCAUGUCUGGGACCAACUAGACCAGUGAUGUGGUCCCUUGAUCAGGUCAUUCAAGGAUACCAGCGCAGGGCGUCGUUGCUGUGUUUCUAGGAAAAGUUGCGAGGACCAUUAUAGAAACGAAGAAGCUGACGAGAAAUUACAGAAUUGGUACAUGUACUUUACCGACAAGAGACAUGAGACGGCGGGAAAUCCAAAGGCCUUAGGCUACGAACUCCAAGACUGGCGAAUGAAAGACCGACUGAAGACCGUUUCUGCGGCACUAGCGAUUUGUCUGAAUAUCGGCGUUGAACCACCAGACCAGCUCAAAACAGUCCCAGGAGCAAAGCUAGAGGCAUGGCAAGACCCAACCCACCCUCCUGUUCAAAAAGCACUUGACACCAUUGGAAAGUCUCUACAGGCACAAUAUGAGACCCUCGCCAUUCGAACCAGAUACAAGCAAUACUUGGAUCCUUCCGUAGAAGAGACCAAGAAAUUUUGCGUGUCCCUCCGACGAAAUGCAAAGGAUGAACGAGUUUUGUUCCACUACAACGGUCAUGGUGUCCCAAAGCCAACCGCCUCGGGAGAGAUUUGGGUCUUCAAUAAGAAUUACACUCAAUACAUACCAAUCUCUCUUUACGACCUCCAAACAUGGCUUUGUGCCCCCACCUUUUUUGUAUGGGAUUGUUCAGAUGCAGGCAACAUUCUCAGCAAUUUCAAUCGCUUCGUUGAUAAGCAUGAGCAAGAAGAAGAGGAAGCCUUGGCCAAGGACCCUACAUACCCUGCAGUCAGCUUCAAACCAUAUAUACACCUGGCGGCAUGUGGUGUGAAGGAGAGUCUCCCAACCAAUCCCCUUCUGCCUGCAGAUGUGUUUACGUCUUGCCUGACCACUCCAAUUGAGAUGGCCUUGUGGUUUUUCGUGUUACAGAAUCCUUUACCGUCCCAACUCACACCCGAACGAGCCAAAAAGCUGCCUGGUAGGCUGCAGGAACGAAGAACACCACUGGGAGAAUUGAAUUGGAUCUUCACUGCGAUCACAGACACCAUAGCUUGGACGACUCUUCCUAGACCACUCUUCCGCAAAUUCUUCCGACAGGAUCUUAUGGUAGCCGCUCUGUUUAGGAAUUUUCUCUUGUCUCAACGAAUCAUGGGCGCAUAUAACUGCCAUCCUCAGUCUUAUCCAGAACUGCCUGAUACCCACCAACACCCCCUAUGGGAGAGUUGGGAUCUUGCGGUUGAAAUGGCUCUUGCACAAUUGCCUAUGUUGGAGGAGAAGGAGCAAGGUCUUCGUGACUACGAGUUUCAAAAUUCAAACUUUUUUUCGGAACAACUUACCGCUUUCGAGGUCUAUCUUACUCAAGGCGCCAUUGAGCACAAAGCACCAGAUCAACUCCCCGUUGUUCUUCAAGUCCUUCUCAGUCAGCAACACCGAGUGAGAGCUCUUAUCUUGCUAGGAAAAUUCCUUGACCUUGGACCUUGGGCCGUCAACCUAGCUCUCAGUAUCGGCAUCUUUCCAUAUGUGCUCAAGCUACUUCAAUCCGCCGCCCCUGAUCUAAAACCAGUGAUGGUGUUCAUAUGGACUCGUGUCUUGGCUGUUGAUCUGACUUGCCAACAAGACCUUUUGAAGGAUUCCGGUUACACCUAUUUUGCCAACAUAUUGAAGCCAAAUGAAGGCCUACCUGUUGUGGAUAGUCUCGAACACAAGGCAAUGUGCGCCUUCAUUCUUGCCAUGCUUUGCAAUGGUUACAAGCAGGGACAGAUGGUCUGCAAUCAGAGUGAAAUUAUGACGCACUGUUUGACGCACCUUCAAAACUGCGAGAACCCUCUCUUGCGACAAUGGGCAUGCUUGUGUAUAAGCCAACUUUGGGCUAACCUUCCUGAGGCAAGAUGGCGAGGUAUCCGGGAAAAUGCCCCUACAAAACUGUGCACUCUAGUGCAAGACGUCUGUUGCGAGGUUCGGGCGGCUAUGCUUUAUGCUAUGACCACAUUCUUGGGAAUUCCAGAUUUGACCGAUGAAGUUGCGCGCGUUGAGGAGGCGAUAUCCUGGACUAUCAUGGAACUGGCUUACGAUGGCAAUGCUAUGGUCCGCAAAGAGCUGCUGGUGUACUUCUCGAAGCUCAUCCGACGAUAUGAGAACAAAUUCUUUGUGGUUGCAUAUGAGCAGCUUGUCGAGGAACGGGACUACCGCCAGUCUCCUCCUCCAGAGGAUGGCCUUGAUUAUAAGAUGGGCCUUCACUAUGCAAAGGCAUCCAAUCGAAAUCGCGAUGGUACAAUCAAGGUUGCCGCGCAGGGAUUUGGCCACAACUCCAUUUUCGCCACUGUAUGGAAGCAUGUUCUGAUUAUGGCUGUUGACCCACAUCCAGAGGUGCAGCGUAACGCAACUAUCAUUGCCGAUUGGGUACAUAGCUCCAUGCUGCAAUCACCACUCGGUCGAGCCGCGCAAACAGUUAUAGAUGACAUCUAUAGGCGGGCACCCAGACCUGCUACGGCCAACCAGCAGGCAAAUCAGCGACCUGUCACGCCGAAGCACCAGGACUCGCCAUCAUCCGGCCCUAACUUUCAACCUGGACUUCUCAAGCGAACGGCUAGUUAUUUGUUCACCCUCCCAUUUGGUGGCUCUUCUGAUAAUACCCCUAAUGACUCUGGUCGAAAUCAUCCUAAAUCAACAAAUCAACGAAAUUCUCUUCCAUUGCGGAGUAGGCUUCCUGCUGAUCCAGAUCCAAACGACAUCGCUGCAACUCCCGGUACCUAUCAUGCUGCUAGAGAGCCUGAUUCUGGUGGUUUCACUCCUCGUGAUAUGUCUGUGCCUCCCCAGCUGCCACUACAAAGUACCUUCUUGGAAUGGUCCAUUGAGUAUUUCCGUGAGCCACAGAUGAAGCCUAAUGAAGCGGAAGAACCUGGUAGUACCGACUAUAAUGAACGUCUUUGGCGACGAUCUCGAAAUGAGGGUAUCCUUCGUGACACUCAACCGCAAAAGGAGACGGCCGGGGCAGGAAAGUGGACCAACCCGGCUGGUUUCUUCAACAAUCAGAGUCAACCUUCGAAGAUGACGUUCCAUCAAUUUGAAGACCAUCUUGCUGUUUCUGAUGACCGAGAUACCAUCUGUAUUUGGGACUGGAAGAAACAGGACAAGUUAUGUCGUUUUUCAAAUGGCAAUCCGGAGGGCUCCAAGAUCAAUGACAUGCAGUUUAUCAAUGAAGAUGACCAGGCCUUCCUACUUACUGGAUCGUCUGAUGGAGUUAUCCGGAUAUACCGAAAUUACGACUCUGAUAAGAAAAUCGAAGUUGCAUCUGCUUGGAGAGCUCUGACGCACCUUACGGCUGCCUCUGCUAAUUCAGGUAUGGUUCUUGAUUGGCAACAAGUUUCUGGGAAAUUGCUCGUGGCUGGCGAUCGGAGGGUCAUCAGAGUUUGGGCAGCUGCACCUGAGAUGUGUAUAAUAGACAUUCCCGCUCGAUCAGCUGCUGCCGUGACCUCGUUGACUUCCGAUCAAAUGACCGGCAAUCUCUUCGUUGCAGGAUAUGGUGAUGGGGCGCUGCGUGUGUUUGACUUGCGUAUCAAGCCCGCCGAGUCAAUGGUCAAGAAAUGGAAGGAUGAUGCGGAUCCAAACUGGAUUAAGAGUGUGCACAUGCAGCGAGGAGGACAACGUGAGCUUGUUUCAGCAAGUCACAAUGGAAAGGUGAAGCUAUGGGACAUUCGGAUGGAUAAGCCUUUGAAAGUAUUCCGUACGACCAACGAUGGCUUGAAGACAGCUAGCACCCAUGAGCAUUGCCCUGUCUUUGCUGUGUAAGUUCUACCUUCUUUGCGUCACAUUACCUCAUAACUUACUUGAAUUCUAGUGGAACCGGCAACCACAGCGUCAAGGUCUUCAACUUCGAUGGCAAAGAGCUGUCACGGGUCGAGCCAUACUCGGGCUUCCUCCACCAAGUUCGACAAAGUGCCAUCUCAGCAACUUCCUUCCAUCCUCAUCGCAUGAUGUUGGCUUGCGCAGCCAGAGGGGAUAACCAUGUCAAUCUGUUCACUGUUGCCGAGAAGAAAGGGCCUCUACCGGAUUAUGUUAUGUGAGCGUUACACGGUGGUAUCGUUCAAUUUGAUUGAUAAGCGGGGGGUGCGAUUUGUUUUUUGCGCCAAUGCGGAUUUACCCAGGAGUUUAUGGCACAGUGAAUGUGCGAGGUUUGCUUUUUAUUGAGCGUUAGGCCCCUACAAGGGAGAGGCUUGCAUUGAGAUGAAAGAUUUGGCGGCACUGAACCCGGCUGAUUGAUUUGACGAGGGGUUGGGGUGUCUACUUGCCUUGCGCCUAUGCUGGUGGGCUGGCUGGCUUCAUCUGGCGCUUCAAAGCUGGGCUGGCUACACCUACAUAUGAUGGUGCAGUAAUGAUUAAUUUUUCCGAUGGUUUGUUUUGCGGUGUUUGUAUAGUACUGGACCGACGGUUGGUACAUCAGGGACGUGCGAUCUUGUUAAAGCAUGGCAUAGCGAGGGAUGAUGCGCUUCUAAUGCAAAUCAUAAUUGCAAUUCUCUUGUAGCUAUGGGGGGACGAUUCUCGCAAGGUCUGCUUCUUUUACCAUGUAGAUGUAGAACUCAAAUAUUAGAUUAUGGAAAAAACUUGCC